AUGAAGGUCACUCUUGCCUACGUCCUCGCCGCUGUUGUGGCUUCAGUAGCCGCUGCCCCUGCGGAAGUCGUGGAGGAGAAACGCAGUGGUCCCGGCAAACGUGGCUUGGUCUGGCCAUGGUACAACUCACCCCUCAACCCCGGCCGAUUCAACGACGGCAGUGGUUCGGUCAACCUUAUCUACGACUACGAGUCCUACAACCCUCCGUCAUCCAACGGCAAUGGAGGGCUCAACUUCAUCGGAAUGCAGCGGUGCAUGGACUGCGACUCUUCCCCGAUUAACCAGCUCGCGGCCCGCCAAUCCCAAUCCAGAUUCGCCACCCUCUUCACCCUCAACGAGCCUGACCUCAACGGAAUCAGCCCCCAGACCGCAGCGGCAUGGUACAAGCAAUAUAUCAAUCCUUUCACUAUCAAGAAGUCAUUGCCUGCUGUCAGCUCGUCUUCAAGCGGGGGCCAAGGCCUUGACUGGGUGCGGCAAAUGAUUGCUGCCUGCGCCGGCCAGUGUUAUUACGACUACAUCAACAUUCAUCACUACGGCCCGAACCUGCAAACCUUCAUCGACUACGUCAACCGGGCGCACUCCAUGUUCCCCGACAAGCAGAUUGUCGUCACUGAAUUCGCCCUGCAGAACCCGCCAGGCGGCCAGGCGGACCAGGUGAACUUCUUCCGCGAGGCGUUCAAAUUCCUUGACGGCGCGUCGUUCGUCGCUAUGUACUUCCCCUUCGUCGCCACCUCGCCCUCGCUCUUCUCCCGCAAUGACCCGAACGGCUCCCGCUUCGUCGGCACUGGCUCAACGUUGUACAACGACGACGGAUCGAUCAGCGCCGUGGGACGGCUGAUGCUGGCUUAA